AGUUUACAGAUUGUCUCGGUAGAACUAGAAAAUGUCAUAAAUCGGACCUCGAAAUGUUUACGACGCGGGAUAAAGCACUUAGGAGAACUAUGGGUAUUGACACAAGCACUGAAGACCAUUCCACCAAUGAGGAUACAAAUCAGUCAACAGAGAAACCGUAUUUGGUACAGAAGACUAAUGAUUACCUUCAAUCGCUUCGAAGAAAAUGGGAAGAGAAAGAAAAGGAUCUUCUUCAGAAAGACAAAGACAUCCAUUAUCAGGAUUUGUUGUUUGAUGAGGCAAGAAUACACGGCGUCGGUUAUUACUCGUUCAGUACUGAUGAGACUGAGCGUCGUAAACAGAUGGAAGAGUUGACGAAACGUCGCCAGGAAACGUUGAAGAAACAAGAAGAGGCUGAGGAAAUGAGGAAAAAGCGUGACGAGUUGAUGGCUGCCAGGGUCGCCGCCGCCAGGGCCAGGCAGAGAGCGCGCGCUGGUCUGCCGCCCGAACCGCCACAAGAAAACCAAAAGGAUUUCUCCGCUUGUCUUCUUGAAUUGCUAACGCGGCAAAGGAAUGAAGUAGAAGAAAAAGCUAAAGCCGAGGAAAAUAAAAUAAAAGAAGAACAAGAAAAAGAAAGGCAAAAGCUAAGGGAAGCUUACAUUCGUGAGUGGGACUUGGGAAAGGAAGGUGUCGAAGAUAAAGUCAAGAAGUUUCGCGAAAUGACUCAAGAAGAAUAUGUUGAACAGCAAAGGAACAAGAGAAUAAAUGAAUUCGCUCCGCCUCAGAUAUCUGAGAAGAAAUCAUGUUUUGUUUUCGAUAGUAAAGGACGAAAAGUUAAUUCAGAAGAACCAGCUACGCAAAAUAAAACUUGGUCUGACGUGAGACCUAAAAUUAAUACACCGCCUCCACCUCAUAUUGGGGAAAUAAGUUUGGAUGAAUCGUCAUCUCCAACAUUUAUAGAGGAAAGCAAUUCAAAGAAACGAAAAGGCUUAUAUUUCUCAAGUAAAGAAACAAGAUUCAAUUACAGGAACUUCGUUCCGCAGCAAGAUCUAACGCCUAUAGUUAACGAAUUAAGUGAUGAUGAAUCAAACAAUGCCUUAGAGACCAAAAAUACAGGAAAUGUCCCAAGCCAUUCUGAAAUAGCUCCUCCUGCUACAUAUGAGUAUUAUGGACCCGUUAAUAAAAAGCGAAUUAUCGAGAGACCAUUUAAAUCGGACAUUAGAGAAGCAUACGCCCAGGGAAGUAAAUAUUUAGAAGCAUCUAAUAGUAACCGAGAGUCGAAUAUACCUAAACAGUACGAUUUUAUGUUUGACUAAGGAAGGUUAAUAAAUAACUAGUAGAU